CCUGGCUGGAAAUUGUCUUUGAGAAAGGAUCCCUCCCCACCCCCACCUCCCCUACGGCACAAACAGAAAUCGAGUUACUGUCUGAUUCCUUGCUUCUUGCUUCCAUGUGAAGCAUGAGUCUUUUGGAACUUGGGACAAGAAGAAAACAAGGUGUCUCUACUACAAAACCCAGACACUAAAAAGAUGUCCCAAACUUUGAAAAGCCAGGACACAAACAUGAGUGGUGGUGGCUACAGGGAUCCUGUGGGAGAUUCUCAAAACGUUUUGGAAAAUGAUCCGUCAGUAAACUCUGAAGCACAGGACAGCACAGUCACACUGAGUAACACUGCAGAAGCCCAGACCCUACAUCCCACAUCUGAUCUUAAGGAAGACCAUUAUGAAAUAGGGGACAAAGGUCAGGAGCAUGCAGACACUGGUGUCAGGUCAGAAAGUUCACAGGAACCAGCUUUAGAGAAACCUCCACUGGGUAAAGCAGAGCUGGAGAGCAGCCCGAGUUUUCAAGACACAGAGCAAGAGCAUCACCCCCACUCGGAACACACGUGCAGAGACGCCCUGGAUCUGGAUCCUAACUGCUCUCCAAGCGACUUGAGAGGAAGAUCAUGUGCACACCUGGAGAGCAGCUCUGCAGCCUCCCCAGAGGGGGCAGGUGACAAGGGUGAAGCAGGUGCACACCUGGAGAGCAGCUCUGCAGCCCCGCCAGAGGGGGCAGGUGGCAAGGGUGAAGCAGGUGUACACCUGGAGAGCAGCUCUGCAGCCCCCCCAGAGGGGGCAGGUGACAAGGGUGAAGCAGGUGCACACCUGGAGAGCAGCUCUGCAGCCCCCCCAGAGGGGGCAGGUGACAAGGGUGAAGCAGGUGCACACCUGGAGAGCAGCUCUGCAGCCCCCCCAGAGGGGGCAGGUGACAAGGGUGAAGCAGGUGCACACCUGGAGAGCAGCUCUGCAGCCCCCCUAGAGGGGGCAGGUGGCAAGGGUGAAGCAGGUGCACACCUAGAAAGCAGCUCUGCAGCCCCCCCAGAGGGGGCAGGUGACAAGGGUGAAGCAGGUGCACACCUAGAGAGCAGCUCUGCAGCCCCCCUAGAGGGGGCAGGUGACAAGGGUGAAGCAGGUGCACACCUGGAGAGCAGCUCUGCAGCCCCCGCAGAGGGGGCAGGUGACAAGGGUGAAGCAGGUGCACACCUGGAGAGCAGCUCUGCAGCCCCCCCAGAGGGGGCAGGUGGCAGAGGUGAAGAUGCUCAGGAGCUGCUUGCUGUAGACUCUACCGAUGCCCAGAGUCCCAGUCAUUCCAGUACAGGCCCAGGGAGCCAGGAUUUACUGAGGAGGCGACUGCCUGCGCCAGAGGCUGGAAGUCAUGAAGAAGAUACACAGUUGGUGAAGGAAAAGGAAGAGGUUGCACAGGAUACGUUGAGAAAGACUGAUAAGAAGAGUCUCUGGACCUAUGGCUCAGUGUGUCUCGGCUGCCUGAUUGUGGCAGUUGUGCUAAGCUCUGUCAACAGCUACUAUUCCUCCCCAGCCCAGCAGGUGCCCCAGAACCCAGCCUUGGAGGCCUUCCUGGCCCAGUUUAGCCAACUGAAAGAGAAAUUUCCAGGUCAGAGUUCCUUCCUGUGGCAGCGAGGACGUAAGUUUCUCCAGAAGCACCUCAAUGUCUCAAACCCCAGUGAGCCGGCCACCAUCAUCUUCACAGCCGCUCGGGAGGGGAAGGAGACCCUCAAGUGCCUGAGCUACCACGUUGCCAAUGCAUACACCUCUUCUCAGAAGGUGACUGCCGUGUCCAUAGACGGGGCCAAAAGAGCCCUGCAGGACAGUGACACCGUCAAGCUGCUGGUUGACUUGGAGCUUAGCUCUGGGUUUGAGAAUGGCCACAAGGCUGCUGUAGUCCACCACUUUGAAUCCCUUCCUGCGGGUUCCACCCUGAUCUUCUACAAGUACUGUGACCAUGAGAAUGCCGCCUUUAAAGACGUGGCCCUUGUCCUGACCGUUCUGCUGGAAGAGGAAACGUUAGAAGCAGGCGUAAGCCCCAGGGAAACAGAAGAAAAAGUGAGGGAUUUACUCUGGGCCAAGUUCACCAACUCCAAAACCCCCAGCUCCUUCAGCCACAUGGACUCAGACAAGCUGAGUGGGCUGUGGAGCCGCAUCUCUCACCUGGUGCUGCCCGUGCAGCCUGUCAAGAACAUAGAAGAGCGAGGCUGCCUUUUCUGAAGCCAGCCUCAGAGGUGACAGGGAAGGGCCAGGUCUGAGGGCUCCGUUCCACUGGGAGGAGGUGAUUGGCACGUGAGAGGAAACAGCUGGGAGGCACAUGACUUUACUAGAAAAGAAGCUUUUUCUUUUACUUUUAUAAAAACCUUCUAGACUGAACUUUGAUAAAACUAACAAUUGGCCUGAUGUUUUCCUUUGUCUUGUAAAGCCAAUAAGGGUUAUAUACAACAUGAUGUGUGGAUUGUUUCAAUGUCCAGCACAGCUGUAGAAUCGUCGAACAGGAAGAUCUGAUUUCUGGGAAGGCAGCACCACCGCUGCCCUGCAGGGACUCUAACAGGCCUCUGGGGCAGUGCUCAGGCCUGGACAGGGAGUAAUUGGAAUGAUUUUAGAGAACCCUUCUACUACGUAUUAAGAAUUUUUUAAGAUUUACUUUAAUAAUGCACUCGUGGGGUUGGUUGUGUCUUACACAGAUUUGCACUUUGAAUAGAUGAAAACAGGAAACUAGAAUUCAACCCUCCAAACCUAAGAACCUGGAGUGUGUAUGCUUUUAUUCCGUUAAUGAGCUGAGGUGAGAACAGCUGUGCUCAGAAGAAGACUGUCCCCACGCAUCGGAAUCAAUGUAGAGAUUGUUGGUAAUAACUGGAAAUGAAAAAUUUCCAACUGGGCCUCCCAGCACCCUCCCUCCUAUGAGACGUGCCUGCUCUUGGCUGCUGGUAUUAUUUGGGUUCUCUGUUAGAUUUCAGUGGAACUGAGAUUCACUGAGAAGGAAGUUUGGAAAACAUUGAUGAAGUGAGAGCACAUUCUGGAAUAGGAACUUGGAUAGGAAGAAAUGAACGUGUUAACGCUGAGGAGUAAGGUCUGUGGUCCAGGGUGACAAAGACCUGCAGGUGAGCCGCUACUGGAGGUCUCAGGGCAGGGCUUUUGUUCAUGUCUGUUGAUCUUCCCGUCCGUACGUCCUCCCCGCUGGAAUCUCAGUUGUCUGUGAUAAGAGUCUGAGCGCAGUUUCAGAAAGGACCUGAGGAACAAACAGCAGCUGACAUGAGCUCACUGAAUGCGUCGUUAGCUAGUUAGAAAUGCCAUCCAUGGGGAGGGAUCUGAGAAAUGCAAGGGGGCGUUCUCCAUAGAGGACAGAGAGGGAUCAUGGCCAAUAUCGGUUGUUACGCUUCCGUCCCAUGAUUUCAGACUGGGGCCAAUAGCUGUUGAUCAGCAUGUGAACUCUGAAAGCAAAACUCUAGUAAAAUGAUCUUGACCCACAGAAGGUCUGUUCCAUUCCCUUGGAAUUUUGCACUCAGUUUUGGGUCACCCGCUGCUAUAAGAUCAUGAUAUAGUUAAGACUUUAAGCAACCUUGGGGGGGGGGGGCGGUUAGGAGACACUAAGAAGAUCUCUAUUGAUAGUUAAAAGGAUCACAGAGGCACGGGUGAGAAGUGAUCUGAAAAUACUUGCCACAAGAUGGCUUUGGCCAGAGCCUUUGGUCCACUCAGUUAAGUAUAGAAACAUUCAGGAAAUAGUAUGCAUUUGGGAUUUUGAAAAAAUCCUGAAACAGAUUUAAGAAAAGACCCUACACAAAGUUUAAGCAUAGUGAAUGGAGUUUGACUGCCAACCCAGUGUGAAGCACAGGGACUGAAGAAAAAAAAUCUGUUUGGCAUAUUUGAUUUUUUUUCUUCUGUAUUUCUAGACUUACUUGUUUUAAAUGCUAGUGGCUUGUCAUAUAGCCAUGUCUGUCCUGGUGCUUACUCUGUGGUGUAGCUGACUUUGAACUUACAGUAAUUUCCCCAGCUCAGUUUCCUGAGUGCUGAGGUUAUAGGUGUGUACCAUCAUAUCCAGCUUUCAGUUCAGCUCCUAGCCACUAGCAUUACAUCACGUAGAGCCACAUAGAGUCUCACGUCAGAAGGUGCCUUGCAGAAUUGUUAUGUUGGCCUUUGACCUGUGCUACCUCAGACUCUAGAGGAACUGGUCUACAGUAUUUGUGCACAGUCUAUGUCAGUGGCUCAGAUCAUAGGUGAAAAGUAAUUGUUUCUUCAUUAAAACUAUAUAAAACUACAGUUUUACACAGUUUGCUAUGAACACAAAUUUUAGGAUAUAAUAAAUUUUAGAAAUUUAUAUUUUCAAUUUUUUUAACUAUUUACCUUGUUAAAAUAUACCUCCUUCUAUCAUAAGUGCAAUCAACUGAGACUUGUCAGUUUUCUAUUCCCUGUUUCAAAACCCAGGGUCUUAACAUUCAAGGAAAGCACCCUACCACUACGCUAUAUUCUCAGACCUCUUAAAAAAUCAUUUUGAAAAAAAGCAGUAUAUGUUAGUUUGGGGUCAGAACAAAUGAUUUUUUUAUUUUUGAUACAGGGUCUCUGCACAGCCCAAAGUAGUGAUUCUCAAGCCUUAGACCUGUACGUGAUGGGAUUAGAGUAGUGUGCCGCCACAUUUAAAAAUGUACACAUAUCUAUUACCUAGUGUACUGUCUUCUAGACCAUUGUUUUUUGUAUCCAGUUUUACAGCCUUUUAUGUGUGUUGUAAUUCUUUGUGAUAUUUUGCCUGGGGCGGGUAUGGAUAUAUGUAUGUUUUUUGUUGGUGGUGGGUUUUUGGUUUUUUUUUUUUUUUUUUUUUUUUUUUUAAUAGAAUCCCUUCUUGACUAAUACCAAGUCUCAGAAGCAAGCAGGGGAAAUAGAAACAGUCUUUAGAGUUGGGUCUUUCUUUCCCCUUCAGGUAAAAUUUAUGGUUCUUUUGGGUAGCACUCAGAGAUCAUCAGAAAAGUUCUAGAGAGUUCUUAUCACUGAACUCAUUUUAAUAAAUUUUAUCUGGAAGCCUUUGGGAGAGGUUAGUGAGGUUCAGUGCCCUUCCCCUCCCCAGCAGCUGAUGGUACAGUUUUGUCGCAGCCUUUGGUUCACAUUCUUGUUAAAGACAGGAGCACAGUGAGCACAGAUGUUGGGUAUGACAGACAGAUGCAGCCUGUGAACACUAAAGUAAUGCAGCAAAAUGAUUUUCAACAACACUUUUACAUUCUCUAACAAAGAUUUUUUAACCCCAUAGAAUUUUGCCUUUAUGUAUUUACACAUUUAAUGGCUUGUCAGAUUUCUCAAGUCACCUUAACUGCUUUUUGCAUUCAUUUCCAUGUUGAAUGUGCCUUAUUCAAAUCAAUUGUCUGGUUACUAUACAAUAAAUCUUAUUUUUUCCUAGCUGAUUGAUUUUUGACUAAAAUUUCCAAAAUAAAGAAUUUAUGGAAA